UGGGUGUUACUGCGUGUGACGUUAUUGUCAGCUGGUCAAUGUUUACAUCCAUAAUAGUGGUGAAAUCUAUUGAAUGUGUAUGGGGGGAAACGAGAAGGUAACAACAUAUACGAUUUCAACAUAAUUUUGAGAAGUACAGUUGACACUAUAAAGCAGCGUCGAUUAAACGUCACUUCCAUAAGGUAAAGACAGCUGCUUCGUAUUUCUGUUAGCUCCAACCAGACCAUAAUUUUUCUUCUCUGCAUAGCAGCUCUUCAUAGACGACAUCAACAGAGACAAAGAGACCGUGAAGAUGGGAGGAGCAGUGAGUGCGGGGGAGGACAAUGAUGAGUUGAUUGACAACCUGAAGCAGGCCCAGUACAUCCGUUCGGACCUAGUGGAGCAGGCCUUCAGAGCAAUCGACCGGGCCGACUACUAUCUGGAAGAGUUCCGGGACAGCGCCUACAAGGACCUGGCCUGGAGGCACGGCAACAUCCACCUCUCAGCCCCCUGCAUCUACUCAGAGGUGAUGGAGGCCCUGGACCUCCAGCCUGGCCUUUCCUUCCUCAACCUGGGCAGUGGCACGGGCUACCUCAGCACCAUGGUGGGACUCAUACUGGGUCCAUUUGGAGUGAACCAUGGUGUGGAGCUGCAUCAAGAUGUCAUUGAGUAUGCAUACCAGAAACUGGAGUUCUUCAUCAAGACCAGCGACAGCUUCGACAGGUUUGAGUUCUGCGAGCCCUGUUUCGUGAUAGGGAACUGUCUGGAGAUAGCCCCAGAGAGUGGUCAGUAUGACCGGGUGUAUUGUGGAGCUGGGGUGCAGCGGGAGCAGGAAGACUACAUGAAGAACCUACUCAAAGUAGGAGGAAUCCUAGUGCUGCCAUUGGAGGAGAAGUUGACCAAGAUUACUCGAACAGGCUACAACAGCUGGGAGACCAAAAAGAUAAUUGCUGUGUCAUUUGCCCCACUGGUGUUGCCCAAACACAGAGACAACAGUAAAUCUAAAGCAGUGCCUUUACCGACCAUGUUUGAGGUGCGGACUCUGCAGGACUUGGCUCGUAUUUCUAUCCGCCUGACGUUGAAGAAGACAGUGGCGGGGCCAGGGCCGUUGCCCAGGAGGAGGCUGGCCCACAGCGGGGAGCGGUUCCGACGGAGGCGGGCCCAACACCGUGGCUCCACCCUACUCUCCAACCGCUACGUAUUCAUGAGCCGCCUCAUCCCCGGGCCGAUGGACAACAACAACAACCGCUCUGGAACCGACACCGAAGAAGAGCAGGAGGACGAGGAAGUGGAAGAGGGGAACUGCAGGGUUCUAGGAGAUCCUGAGGAAGAGGAGGAGAGGAGGGAGGGCGGUGCCCUUCUACAUGAGGCUCCAGUGAACCUGCUAAGAGAGAGGAUCUUGGGUCUGCCGCUCCCUGAGCCUCUGAAGAUGUACCUGCUUCACUACAGAGAGAAGUAGGGAGGGACAGGAUACGUGAAGCUGUGCGCCCAUUCUUUAACUUGUUCCCAUCCCUAUGCCCUUGUUGACUCCCCUUUCUGGAUUCAGAAGUAAUGGAUGUGUAAGAAAUAGGCUGAUAACUCCAGUGGAAUGGCUAAAAUUAGUUCCUACUAUUUUUUUAUACAGCCUACCUAAUAAGUUGCAAGUCAACAACUGGUGAAUUUGAAAUCAACCCCUAAAAACUUCAUGUUGAAGUGAAUAUCUAGAAUAAUUGGAUAAGUAGAAGCAAUAUGGUAAUGGCACCAUCUCCCCCUCCCCUGACAGCCCAGGUAAACCUAUCCAGAGGUGCCUAGGAGGUAACAGUUGAGUUGGAAAAACAAGGAUGGCGAGUUAGGGAUUGGAAGCUUACUUAGUCAGCCCCAGAGACGUCACCACCACCAGCCUCAUAGGACUAUCCCAACAACUCCUCUGAACACUCAAUUCUCAUAAUCUCACUCAAUUCCCUACCUGUGAACUCCAUCUUUUGGGGUAUCUUCGGUCUUGUGCCUAACCGGGGCAUCCAGUCUCCAAGUCCUUCUUUAUUCCCUUUGAAUUUUGUAAAUGUGAUUGUUUGGAAAAUUAUACUUUUGACUGACCGAACAAUUCAGUGGAGCUUUUGAGAUGGACUUACAAGUACUGAAAGCCCCAAAUGUUGUGAAAAUAUUUUCCUCAUUCUGUGUUCAUAUCUUACUGAAUUGAAUGUACUUGGUGAAAGCAGGGAAUUUGUUGAAGAGGCCAUUUCUGUUCAGGCAAAUGUCAAGGGCUCCAGGCAUUAAAGUAUAGUAACACAUUUUUGCACACAGUGGGUAUAGAAAUGAAAGGACCACAUUGUCAAACAAUAUUACCCAAAUUCACUCAUUUUGUGAAUUCUUUCAUCACAUCUUUUCAAAUAAUCUGAGAUUGUAGAACACCCCUGGAUUAGGGGUAAAAAGUGAAUGAGUGUGGGAUAGCAAUUUACCAUUGGGUUCUUAAUGCAGAACUGUAGUCAAAGUAGUGAAGAAUGUAUGUAUCCACCUGUGAAGGAAUUUAAGUACUAAUUGGUCUACAUUGGAACUUCAGUGUAAUGCUCUUUGGUGGUGUUUAUCGGUUGUUUAUAAAAUGUUUUGUCUGAUGUUCUCAGUGCCAAACUUCUCCAGCACUGGCCGGCUCCAAAUGUUUCUUGUGGUUCCGUUCUACAAUGUGUCAAGUUGUUCAGCGGAAGUAAAAAUUUGUAUUUAGAAUAAAUAUCUACGUGUGACAAGAUGUUUGGAAAAUAAUUGUAGCGUGACUAUCAUUAAAACAAGUUAAACUAUACUGCAAGCAAAUUAAAAAGUUGUAUUGCUUAAGACCAGACUGCUUGAUUAGUUUUGAAUAUUGUGCUUAGCUGCAGAGUAGUCUUGACUUUGUGUGG